UUUUUUAUAGCUUAUUUUAGGAAAAAUUAGCAAAUAUUUAUGCAGUAAAAUAUUUCUGAAGUUGACUCAAGAACAAAGUUUUAAAGUUGACAAAAAUAUCAUUGUUAUUAUGGAAAACAAAAAAAGUUUGUGCAUAACCUAUUUUCUGUGGCUAUUUUUUGGUUGGUUUGGGGUUCAUCAUUUUUACUUGGGAAGAGAUAUGCAAGCAUUUUUGUGGUGGUCCACAUUAGGUGGUUUUUUUACACUUGGCUGGAUACGUGAUCUCUGGAGGAUACCUGAGUAUGUUGAUGAUGUGAAUGAAGAUCCUCUUUAUAUGGAUAAGCUUAAUAAAAGAAUGCGGUUUAGAGAUUAUCCAAAGUUUAAUGUGGUACGUUUUUCUGGUGAACUUUUAGUGGGAUAUUUUUACGGAUUUCUUAUUCGGUUGGCACUGCCACCUGAUAUACCUGCAAUAAUAUCAAUGGUUUUAAUAUGUGUUGGAAUUACGGUUGGUGUGCAUCUUGUUGGCAAUAUCGGUCGAGAUGAAGGUGGGUUUAUAAAACCAUUUUGUGCAACAUUUUGCUGUUAUUCUAUACUGUUUUGGUUAUCGGACAGUGAAUCUGGUAAUACACCUAAUUUCAUGUAUUGCUCAUUAGCUGCAACUGUGACAUUUAACUAUUUUCGGAAGUAUAAACGAGUAUACAAACGUCAUUUAUUUUGUCAUCGCAUUGCAAUUCUUUUGGUAUACAUGGCAUUGUUUAGUAGUCUUUGGUUAUCUUUCCUCUAUUUCAAUGCAGAAAUCACAACUGAAAAAGGAGAAAAAGUGAAAUUUAAAGAUUCAGUUAUUCAUUUCUUCAAAAGUCCUGCCUGGCUUGAAUUUUCUCAGACUUUAAAGAUGAUAUAUGAAGAAGGCAAAAAGAAUGGAUGGAAAAAUCUUUAUGAUGAGUUUGUUAAAGCCCUUGAUCCUAAGGGAGAAGCAAAUGCAUAUAAAGUUCUUGGUUUAAGCAACCCAUCUACAGAGAGUGAAAUUAAAAAAGCCUAUAAAACCCUGGUGCGUCAGUGGCACCCUGAUCGCUUUCAUGAUCCUGAACAAAGAAUAGCUGCACAAAAACAGUUUAUGGAAGUGCAAAGUGCAUAUGAAAUUUUAACUAACAAAAAAAAAUCUAAUACAUUAGAUGAUGCUGAUAGGACAAAUUAUUGAAUUAUUUUAUAUACAAUUAGCUUAUUUUGUAUUUUAAUUUGUGAUAUAU